CAAUAAUUAACUUAUAUUUAUAUCUACAAGCUAAUAACCUCACGGAAUCAUAUUUCCUUUCUAUUGAUGUCAUUAAUUAAAAAGAAAAAAAAAACUAGAAACAAAAUUGAGCUCCACGUAUGUAUUCCACUUCCACACCAGAACCCUAACCCCCAAAUCCCAAAACCCUCUUCAAAACCACUGAGCAUUGAACUCCCAUCGGCAAAUGGCCACCGGACUCCGACUUGUGACGGAAAGGGCUGGAGAUGGCGCCGGAAGUCUAGUCUUGGACGCCGGGAAUGGCGAGGAGCUGAUGCACGUCCAGCAAGGCGUCUCAAUCGUUCUCGGAGACGGCCGCCGCCCGCCUGAAUCCCCUGGCACUCUCUACAUUACUACCAAACGAGUUGUGUGGUUGAGUGACACGGACAGAGCCAAGGGCUAUGCGGUCGACUUUAUCUCAGUUUCUCUGCACGCGGUGUCCAGGGAUCCCGAGGCUUAUCCUUCCCCUUGUAUUUAUACUCAGAUAGAGACUGGCGCUGAGGAAGAUGAAAUGGAAGAUUCGGAUUCUGAGAGUGAUGAUACAUUAGACUUAUUGAAAAUAACGGAGAUGAGACUCGUGCCUGCAGAUCCUAAUCAAUUGGAUGAGUUGUUUGCAAUAUUUUGUGAGUGUGCUGAGCUGAAUCCUGAUCCCACAGAAGCUUUGUCUGUUCUUCCAGCAGAGGAAGAAGUUGAACACAAUUGGAUUUUCAGUGCUGAUCAACUGGAAAAUGAUGAUGCAGAGGAUGAUGGCAGAGAAUGGGCUUUCCCUGAAAUCUCAACCCAUACGAUUGGUGCUAAUGGGACUCACGACUUGGCUCAUUCAGUGGUGCAGCUUCGUAUAAAUGAUCAGCGCUUUGAUGAUGCAGAGGAAAAGGAGCAGGAAAAUAUAAAUAGUCCGUGACUGAAACAUUACUUCUUUUCUUGUGGUUUUGUACAAUUAAUCUCAAUGGCUGUGGACAGAACCAAUGUUUUUAUCUCUUAGAUAUGGUUAUUAUUAGUAACUAAUUGUUGACUGAAAUUCUUGAAGUAAAACUUUUUUGAUUGAAAAAUUUUACCCGAUCUGUGGAACCAGGUUUGGUAGUUGGAGAAAUAUUCCAUUAGCUGAUAAUAGCUUUUAGGAAGUUCAAAUGCUUUUCCACUGAG